GUGGUGGGAGAAGUGUGUGCAAGGGCAAUUCAAGUGCGUUCGUUGUAUUGAUUGGGAGCUGUGCUGUAAGAAUUUGCGGUAGAAAAAUGGUUUGGACCACUAUUUACGACAAAAUGGAAAGUGAGAUGACUUCAAAAGGUGUUCUACCCUCACAAAUGGAGGCGGCUGCGGCCACCACCAAUCUGGACCAUGUGUGCGCCCUUAACAUCCAGUCGAGCGGGGCCCCGGUGCGCCAGACGGGGAUCAUCUGUACCAUUGGGCCGGCUUCGCGUGACCCAGCAGUAUUAGAACAGAUGAUGGAAACCGGGAUGAACGUGGCCCGUUUGAACUUCUCCCACGGGACGCAUGAAUAUCACGCCGAAACCAUCCAGAAUAUUCGCACCGCGGUGGCAAACUAUAGCAAGAAAAUCGGGAUGCAAUUCCCCUUGGCCAUCGCUCUAGACACCAAAGGGCCGGAGAUUCGAACCGGUUUGUUACAAGGGGGGGGUUCUGCCGAAGUCGAAUUGAAACGAGGCGACAAAAUCAGACUCACCACUGAUCCGGCCUACGCCGAGAAAGGUAACACGGAAAUCGUCUACGUGGACUACGCCAAUAUCGUCAAUGUUAUCAAACCCGGCAACAAGGUCUACGUCGACGACGGUUUGAUGUCGCUGGUUUGCGAUUCCGUAAAGGGCAACGAGUUGGUCUGUACCAUUGAGAACGGAGGGAUGUUGGGGAGCAAAAAGGGGGUGAAUUUACCCGGAGUUCCCGUUGAUUUGCCCGCCAUUUCCGAAAAGGAUAAGUCUGAUUUGAAGUUUGGGGUUGAGCAAGGAGUGGACAUGAUUUUCGCCUCGUUUAUUAGGAGCGGGAGCGCUCUUAGUGAAAUUAGGAACAUUUUGGGGAGCGCAGGCUUGAGCAUCCUCAUCAUCUCAAAGAUCGAGAACCAGCAAGGCUGGGACAACCUCGACGAGAUCAUCAAGGCCUCCGACGGGAUCAUGGUAGCUCGCGGUGACCUCGGUAUCGAAAUUCCCACCGAAAAAGUAUUCCUGGCCCAGAAGGCGAUGAUCGCCAGAUGCAACAAGCUGGGCAAGCCCGUGGUCUGCGCGACCCAGAUGCUCGAAUCCAUGGUUAAAAAACCGCGCCCCACUCGUGCCGAAAGCUCCGAUGUUGCCAACGCGGUGUUGGACGGCGCUGAUUGCGUCAUGCUUUCAGGGGAGACGGCCAAGGGUGACUACCCCCUGGACUGUGUCCAUGUCAUGGCCAACAUCUGCAAGGAAGCCGAAGCGGCGAUUUGGCACCAGCAGUUGUUUAUUGAUUUGACGAGCAAGGCAGUGCCGCCUGUGGAUGCCGCCCACACGAUCGCCAUUGCUGCCACCGAAGCGUCGUCAAAAUGUUUGGCGGCGGCUAUUAUCGUGGUGACGACGUCAGGGCGGUCGGCGUACUUGAUCAGCAAGUAUAGGCCGCGGUGUCCGGUGAUCGCGGUGACGAGGAAUGCGCAGACGGCGCGUCAGGCGCAUCUAUAUAGGGCCGUUUUGCCCUUGAUUUAUGAAGCCGACAGGAUGAGCGACUGGUUGCAGGAUGUUGACGCAAGGGUUAGUUUCGGGUUGAAUUUUGGAAAGGCGAAAGGGUUCAUCAAGAAUGGAGAUCCCGUUAUUAUUAUCACGGGGUGGCAACAGGGCUCCGGUUUUACCAAUACGAUGAGGAUUGUGAACGUCUAAGUGGAGUAUUAUUUAAAUAAUUUGAGCGGUAGCAGCGCUGCCAUUUAAUUGUAGUUGGAUGUUGAUAUUAUUUCUAAAUUUAACUAAUUUAUUAGUUAUUUGUAGAUAAAGUAUUUAAUAAAGUGUCUCCAUGUA